CCAACCCGGCCGGCCGACGCACCGACGACUUCCUUCCGCCGUGCCAUCCACCCUCCUCUCGCAGAGGAGGUGCGGUGAGCACGAGCGGCACAAAUCCAGCCGGCCAAGGUGCGUGGCCGCCGGCCGGUCGCUGGCUGCCCCGGGCUGAACAAUGGCGGGCUCCGCGGUGGCCGUCGUCUUCCUUUCGGCCGUCGCGCUGCUCUGCCUGUACAACCACCUCCACCUCUCCCUCUCCGACCCGGCAUCCGUCGUCCCCGUCCCCGUCCCCGCCGCCGCCGUCCGCUCGCACCGCCGCGCCGGUGGCCACCGUACCAACACCACUCCGUCCGGGUCCGGCAACAUCGUCCUCCGCUUCGGCAUGUCCGGGCAGCCGCUCCGCGUCUACUCCCCCGCCCCCACCCCCACCGCUGGCGGCGGCAUCCCUGACAUCGACACGUUCCGCGACAAGCUCGACCGGCUGCUGCCCGACUGGUCGCGCUUCGACGGCGAGCUCGGCCCCAUGCACCGGUACUUCGGGCUGGACGGGCCGCUGGACGUGCGUCAGCGGCUCGCGUACCUGUUCGUGAUCCUUGACCGGUCGCCUAGGGACGGAGGCGUCGGCGUCGACGAGCUGGAGGCGUGGCUGCGCCGGCAGGCCGUCGCCCGGCUGGACGCCGUCACGCGGAGGGAGAUGGCCCGGCACGACAGGGACCGCAACGGUGCCGUCACGCUGCGCGAAUUCUUCGCAGACUGGAGCAACAUGGGGCAUGGCAAAAUGGCGAGGUGGAUGGACAAGUUUGCGAGCGCGGACAGAAACGGAGACGGCUCGCUCAACGCCGUCGAAUUCAACGACUUCUUGCAUCCUGAAGACACCAGCCAAGAGAGCGUGAUGCUGUGGCUACUGAAGGACAAGCUAAGUGAGAUGGACCAUGACGGAGAUGGAAGGAUAAACUUGGAGGAGUUUGUCGCCCAAUCUGAUCUUGAGCGUGCCGAAGCUGAAGAGAAGUUCAGAGAAUUGGACGCCGACAUGGACAAAUUUUAUCCUUUUUUUUCCCCUUCAAUGUUCAGCUACUUGACGGUGGAAGAAGCACGCUCUGUACUGCAAAGCCUCAUUACAGGGGAGUUCUCAUAUGCUACUUCACAUGCCAAAUUUUUGAUGAAGGCUGAUGUUAACCAAGACGGCAAAUUGUCGCUGGAGGAGAUGCUAGAUGACUACGUAUCCUUCUACAGCACCGUUUAUACGGAUGAUCAUUACAGCAAUGAAGUUGAUAGUGAUUCCCACGACGAGCUAUGAGCAGUUAAGCCAGGGCAGGACAGCGAUACGGAGGGAGGAGGUUCUUUUUACUUUCUAAUAGGAGUUCGCAGCCAAAAAAAUGAAAAAUGUACAGCAGACAAUCAACUGCAAAGAUCAAUUUUGUUCA